AUGACCGAGAUGGCGGGUUUCACAACGGCGGGCCCCCAUGCCGCUGCCCAGAUUCUUCAACCCUCUGGUGGCACAAUCCCAGCUGCUGCUGCGGCCGCGACGUCGUCUGGCUGCGGGCCCAAGACGCUCGCUGUCUCUGUCGCUGGCGCUGGCGCAACCGCCGCCGGCGCCGCUGGCACCACUGCUGGAACCACGGGGCCCGCCUCGUGCAACCUCCAGCAGCCCACCACCACCACCACCACAACUACAACCACAGCCGCCUCCACUGCCGCAGCCAGAACUAAACUUCCACACCUUCCCGCGGCCACCACAUCCGCCACAAACACCACCUCCCCCAGCGCUGCCGACAGAGGCAUCGUCAUCUCUCGCAACGACGCCGCCGUCGACAGCGACAACGUCAACAGUGAUGACGCCCCCGCUCGCCGCACCUCUGCCUCGCUGAAACACCCCCAUCGCCCCGCCUAUCUUCGCCUGCGAGAUAACAGGCCGCCUGCCGCAAGUAGCCGCAGCGCCCAAAACGGACCGAUCCAAGACUCAGAAGCAGCACCGCAUCUGCAGCAGCAUUCGGGCCCGCGUCACCAGCAGCCGUCUUUGGACCACUCUCUACCUGUCUCACCCGUCAGUCCCCCGCGUCAUCCCGCGGGCCCAACGACGUCGAGCCCAACCGACCAAGGCGCCGUGUACGCAGAGCCAGAAACGAACGACGACCAAGGCGAGCGCCAUAGUCCAGCGACAAAAGAAGGCUCUUAUCUGGUGCAAGAACAACGAUCUGCUCCGUCGUUUGCCGCCGCCGGAAGCAGGGACACUCCCGGUCAGAGCUCGUCGCCUUCGAGAAUCUCGACGGGUCAGACAUCGGCGACGACCAGCAGGCCGACUUCGACCGACGACUCCUCGGCGUCGCCUGCGUCUGUUGACCGCCCUUCCAGAUCCAGCCGACCUUCGUCCUUUUCAGACGCACAUACUACUGCCGCCGUCGCCGUUGACGACUCGCAAACGUCGACCAGGCCUCCGGCCCGUCGGGCCCCCGCCUCCCGCAGCUCUCACGGCGUGCCGACCUCAGCUGGCCCUCCUCCGUCGCUCGACACGCAGCGCCGCCACGCUGCGGAUUUUGCGUCUCAGCCGUCUCCGGGCGGGUCAACGACUUCGCCGUCCGACAUCCAGGGCCCUCGCGAGCUGCUGUUGCCCAAGCGUCUCUCGCAGUCCAGUUCGUCGGAUGAGAGUCGGCACUCGACAUCGAACCGCCCUCCCAUCUCCUACAAACCUCCCACCAACACCACCGCCGCGCCGUCGGGUACGUCGACGCCCGUGCGCGUCCCUCCCAUUCGAGGUUUCCGCUCCUCCGGCUCCCGCAAGAGCCUUGCCCUAGACAUGAACUUCAGGCCGCGCCCCUAUGACCUCGGCGACGACUCGGCGCGGGGUACCAUUGACAACACACUGCGCGCCCUCGAAGGCAGAUACAGCGAUGACUCUAGACGCUCCAGUACACUGAGCCCUGGUCGCCAAAAUAGCUCACCCGGCAACUUUGACGACACUGGCGACAUCUUCCUCCGUAUUGCCCGGGACGAGCCCAGCCAUCGGCCUGGAGAUGAGUCCGUCCCAGAUGACGUCCAGAGCUCUGUUUCCCGCGUUCACCGUUCGGCGCAUCGUCGGCCACUCUCGACCGCUGUCGCCUCGUAUCAGACUACGUCACCCCCGCGCCUGCGCCGCCGUCUUUCCGACCAGCAAGACCGGCCCCGGAUGAGGAACGCAGACGAGGAGCAGACCGGCGAGGUAUCGCGGGCCGUGACGUAUCGGAAUCUGAUGAGAGAAAAGGCAGCAUCGGCUCAUCCAGGUGAAGAUGCUGGUCGCGCCAGGGCCGGCAGCUCGACUCUGCGCCCAUCCCCUCUGGCGUUGCGGCCCUUGAUGGCAUCUCAAGAACCCCGCUCUGAGCCGUCGGUGUAUGCGCGCAGGCGCGCAUCCAUCACGGAAAACAACUCGACUGUUGGGGCUCGGUCAUCUACGUACAAGGGCGCCGCUGGUACUCCGAACCACGGCAAAUCGUACAGUUCGUCGCCGCUCGUUCGUACGUUUGACUCGCACAAUCGCGACCCCGCCCCUGGGGCCGUCGAGGGAACCGAAUCCACGGCCUCGACGACGGCACCGUCGACGGUCUGGGACGAGCUGGACGAUCUCAAAUCAAGGAUCCAUCGCCUGGAGCUAACGGGCAAGCUGCCUUCUACAUCUGGAGCCGCGGUUUCUAGAUUGACUGAGGAAAGGCCUGCGACGGCCACAACCACGGUGACAACCAUGUCAUUGUCGCCUAAGCGCCAGCCAGGUGGCCAGCCUCCCGAGGGCGUGAGCACCACGUCGACGCAGCGUGAGGCGCAUCCUAUCCUAGUCUCGGCCCUCGUCAAGUCGAAACCGUUCAUGAGCCCGGACGUCUACCGAGCGCUGGAGUCGGCAGCCAAUGACGCGAUCAACCUGUCCUCGAUGAUGGGGGUGCCUGGCCAGCCCGGGCCCAUCUCCAGCGGAGCCAGCGUGGUCGGAUCUGGAGGUAACGUCACGGACCGUCAGCUACGAAGGAAAGCCGACAGCGUGUGUCGCAGCCUCACAGAGCUCUGCGUGGCGCUUGGCGAAGAUGUUACGCUUCAACCGAGGUUGGCCCCGCCAGCUCAGGUGAAUGUGUCUCAAGUGGACGGACCCGCGACUCCAACGAUGCCAAAGACAUACUCGGGCCUCCCUGCGCCCCGCCGACAAAGCGUUGCCGCAGAUCAAAACCUUCCGAAGCCCGUCGGCAACGAGAGCCCAAGGACAAUGUCCAAGUUCGAGGAGCGGCGAAAUCAUCUCCUGAACGGGACACCCCUGAGCAUACCUCGACCAUCGCCGUCAGUGGCACCCAUGUCAGCCGAUGCGAGCGUCAACCGUCGGUCGUCAUUGAUGAUUGCGCGCACGCGCAGAGCCACGACCGAGGAGCCCGAUGAUGGCCGGACCUCGUCUCUACUCAGGACCCGUCGCGCUGGAACCGAAGAAGUGGACGAAGGACGGAGGACGUCUUUGCUGGUGCGGAACCGCCGAGGGACAGUCGGCGAGGAGCGUGACGAGGGGCGAUUCCAGGCGCCCUCUCGCGCGAACACAGAACUCAAUCUUCUCCGUGGCCAGGGCCGCGACUACGCACAAGAGACGCCGGCUUCGCCGCCUGAUGCCAAUGGACAGCCUGCGGAUCCGACGAGACGGCGGCUGGCUUCGACGAGCUUCCGCACCUCUCGCCUGGCCAUACCCACCGGCUCGAGCCCGGCGCCGCCGCGAAGAUAUCUAGAAAAGAGUACACCGGAUAUUGGUGCCUCCUCUAACCGGCAUGCCGAUGAGUAUGGCAUGCGGCAACCCGGAAGUAGCGCAGCCACCACGCACGCGAGAGCUAGCAGCCUCGGCACGCGGAGGAACCGAGAUAGCAUGAUCUCGACAGUUCCAUCCUCGGCCGCGCCAGCUGGCAUCUACAGAUAA